AUGGGACGGUGUGGCCUGGCCCGCAUCUCCGGGAUCUGCGGGAGGCUGGCACAGAACCGGGCCGGAUCACACCGGUACCGACCCGAAUCCGGCGAGGACCGGGACUGCGUGGUGUGCCUGGACCGGCUCCGGGAGGGGGACGAGGUGCGCACGUUAGCCUGCCGACACGUGUUCCACUGGGCGUGCCUCGACUCGUGGCUCGACCAGCUCAACCUCAUCUGCCCCCUCUGCCGCGCGCCGGUCGAGUCCGAGGAGCGCGUGGAGAAUAAACGGAGGCGCGUGGAUGGUGAUAGCCUACUCGAGUGGUUCCAGGCGGCCCCUUGA